AUGUCAGAGCCAGGGAGUGAUCUUGCAGAAGAGAGUGUCACAUCCGAAUGCAACUCUCCUCCAGGCGGCGUACGACUAGACUUCAGCAGCCGCCACGCUAUACAACACUCACAACACUCCAUAGCCGGUGGCGUGCCACUAGGCAAUCAUGAUCAAGAACACGAUCAGUAUUUCCGGCCUUCCAUUUUAGCAGGCGAACAGUCAUCAAGCAACUCAGGCCUUUGCAGCCCUUUCAAUCCACAUGCCCCGCAAUUCAUAUCCAGGCUCCAUUUAAUGACACCGCCGCAGGUGUCCGAACGAACAUCCUCACCCUUCCCAUCCCUUGGUGAGUUGCAAGAGAUGUACCGAAAAGUUACCGAAGCCAUUCAAUCGCAAACACCCCAGAAGCGGCUCACAGACCUUUAUACACAUUCACGGGAGGUGAUGCGUCUUUAUCGACUGACGCUCAGCAAGAUCCACGAAAUAGAGGGUCUGCACGAUCAAGCAUGUGAAAAGGGAGACCAGGAAAGCGCAGAGGCUUUCAUUCAAGAGAUCCUCAGGAUGGAGAAUGUCCGCGACGGAUUGCUGGAAAAAGAGGCGAGAUUGCAGGAACAGCUCAAAGUUCUCGAGGAGGAGGCAUCUAUCAAGCGGAAAGUAAGUGGAAGGGACUAUGACAAAGGGGCUCGCCAGAAAAUCGUCAUGCUUGACGAGAACAAGGAGGACCUACCCGGGCUCGGCUAUUCGCGGUUGGUUGACUUUCUCCACUCCCCACCAAUCUUGUAUCAUGGCGACGCUUGCCUGCUUGCCUACUUCCUUCACGGUGUCGCUGCUAGAGAGACCCAUUCUCCUUCAAUUUGCAACAAAGCGACCGAAAUCACGGCGAUGAGAGACUUAUCGAAGGCUCUAGCUUUCAGCUCUGCGAUCAAAAGCCUACCACAUCGAGCGACGUACGCAAGCAACAGAGCUAUCACGACUCAAGUCUCGCUCACUGAUCUGACGAGAAAGAGGCUUGCAGCGGAUCCUGAAAGAAACCUGGUCAAAGAACGACCGUUAUCACUUCUUUCUCUCUCACAUCUGCUUCGUUCGUAUGCCAUCACGAGUCUUUCCUCUUCUCCAAGAAUCUUGAGCCCAGUAUUGAGAGCAUUCUCAGUGCUUGCAAACUCAUCAUGGGCAGUAUUAAGUCCAGACCGCAAUCCAUUGCUGCAUUUCGUUUUGAAGAAGACAUUUUACGCUCACUUCUGUGCUGGUGAGACAACACAAGAGGUCAAGCGAACAGUUGAAGGCCUAAAGAAACUUGGCUUCAAAGGCGUGAUUCUUUCCUACGGCAAGGAGAUUGUACUGGAGCGAGGCGAUAAACCAGAAAUUAGGAAGACAGAGACUCGUGAAGAAAUGAAGGAGGUGGACUCAUGGAGAGAAGGGACAAUCAAGACGGUCGAGAUGGCUGUACCAGGAGACUUUGUUGCUCUCAAAUUCUCAGGAGCAGGCCAUAAUGUUAUGCGCCAGCUGGCUGCCAACGCACCGCUGCCUCCUGUAGUCGAGGCAGCAGCCAUCGAGAUUUGCGAGCUCGCGAGGAUGAAAAGGGUCAGAUUGCUGUUUGAUGCUGAGCAAAGUGCUGUGCAAGAUGGAAUCGACACAUGGACUCUUGAGUUUCAAAGAAGGUACAACCGUGGUAGAGCAAUCGUGUACGGCACUUAUCAGGCGUAUUUGAGGUCCGCACCGAUGACUCUAGCCAGGCAUCUCAAGGUCGCUGAACAGGAGAAAAUCGUGCUUGGUGUCAAGCUCGUCAGGGGCGCAUACAUGUCAACUGAUCCCCGUAAUCUGUUCUGGGCGUCCAAGGAAGGUACAGAUAAAGCUUAUGACAAGAUUACUGAGGGUCUCCUGAAGCGACGGUGGAACAGCGUCCUUCGAUAUUCGGGAGCGCCACAUGCAUUUCCAGAGACUGAGCUGGUACUUGCAAGUCACAAUCAGAUCUCUGUUGAGAAAGCCAUGGAAAUACGAAAGCAGCAGUCAGAGCGAGACGAAAAGAAGAUCGACGCUGUCUAUGGACAACUCAUGGGCAUGGCUGACGAAGUAAGCUGUGGUCUGAUCCUGGCAAACAAGAACAAAACAAAUGGUAGCGACCACCAUAUAGAAGACGUAGGGCCAAGUGCGUACAAAUACAUGGUCUGGGGCUCUGUGGGCGACUGUUUGAAAUAUCUCGUCCGAAGGGCUGAGGAAAAUCGGGAUGCGGUAACAAGGGCGCAGAGCAGUCGAGCGGCCUUGAGAAAUGAGUUGAUGCAGAGGGUAGGUUUGUCAUGA